UUGUGUCAUCACUCUUUUCCUCUGUUUCACAAUGAAAUAAAACAUUUCAUCAAAAAAUGUUAUGAUUUUUACUCUCCAUUUCUAUUUCUAUCUCUGUUUUUAUUUUCAUGUUUUCAUCGUUUAAAAAAUUAUUAAAGUAACGACUUAUAAGCCUUUUAUAUAUGCAUUACAGUUAAUACAUGCAAACACAAUAAAGUAUUAAAUAUUGCAAUUGUUGAGUCUUUGAAUAAUAACAAUCUAACAUUAUUACAAUUAAAUUUCACUAAAUGAAAGUAUCACUCUAAGAAGAUUAACGUAAUUUAUCUUUUUACAUUAUAUGUAUAGAAGGAGCGAGUAAAAGAGAGCGAAGGUUAAAUUUAAUAACAUUACUAAAACAAUUGUUUAUAGUAAAGAACAAGUCCAUGCAGUUUUUCUUGUGUGUGUACAUGUGUGUAUUAAUUAUUAAUCUACUGCCAUUACAUUAUCUUUAUUUCUACUGCAGCGUCAGUCAUUGGUUACUGAUACAGUAGUGGGGAUACAUUUGGAACUCUGCAGCGUCAAUCAUUGGCUACUGAUCCAGUAGUGGGGAUACAUUUGGUACUCUGCGUAUAUAAACACGGGCCAGGUGAUCAGCCCAACCAUUUUCUACCGAAGUGUCGUACGUGUCCGAAGCAAGAUCUAAAGAUGACUGGUCGCGGUAAGGGAGGCAAAGGAUUGGGAAAAGGAGGUGCGAAGCGUCAUAGGAAGGUUCUGCGUGAUAAUAUCCAGGGUAUCACCAAACCAGCCAUUCGUCGAUUAGCUAGACGUGGUGGCGUCAAGCGAAUCUCUGGCUUGAUCUACGAGGAAACUCGAGGUGUAUUAAAGGUCUUCCUCGAAAAUGUUAUUCGUGAUGCAGUUACGUACACUGAGCAUGCUAAAAGGAAGACUGUGACAGCCAUGGACGUCGUCUAUGCCCUGAAACGUCAAGGCAGAACUCUAUAUGGAUUUGGUGGUUAAGCAGUGUUUUUUCAUGGAAAAAACAAUCGAACGGCCCUUCUUAGGGCCACAAUCUAAUUUUUCGUUGAAACAUCUUUAGUCACUAAUAUUUUAUUCCACUGACAGUAUAUUUUAUCAAU